GAUGUUCGAAAUUUUUUACCAUCAUGGAUAAUUGAAUAUGGCUUUAUUAAAUAUGGAGAUAAAAGUCGAUGCGGUCUGUGCUCUGAAGUUAUUGUAUCUCGGACAUCUUCUAUCAAACGACAUUUUGAAACAAACCACAAAGAAAUUUCAGAGUUAAAUAUUACUGAAAGGAAAGAAGUUAUUUCUCAACGCUUGAAGGUAAUUGAAAACCAAUCUAAUUUGUUAUGUAAAUUCGUAAAAACUUCUAAUAAUGUCACUGAAGCAAGUUUUGAAAUUUCUCAUUUAAUUGCUAAACACUCAAAACCAUUUUGUGAGGGCGAGUUUUUAAAAACGGUCAUGUUAAAAGCUGCUCCUAGUUUAUUCCAAGAUUUUAAUAAUAAAGAUAAAAUACUUCAGAGAAUUCAAGAAUUACAACUAAGUAGAAAUACUGUAGAAAGAAUUUUAAAAAUGACCGUCAAUAUUUCUGAUCAACUUCAGUCUGAUAUUAAUAAUUGUGAUUUUUUCUCGAUUUGUUUGGACGAAACAACAGAUAUAAAGUCAUCUGCUAGAUUAGAAAUUUUCGCACGUUUUUCAAACGGGAAUGAAAUGCGUGAGGAACUUUUAAAAUUAGCUAAUAUACCAGAAAGAACAAGAGCACCCAAUAUGACUGGAGCAUCAAUAGGUUUUGUUAAGUUAUUUGAAAAGCAUGUUGGACAUCCAAUAAUUGGAUUUCACUGCAUCAUACACCAGCAAAUGUUGUGUUCCAAAGUCGACACAAGUGAUUUAAAAGAAUUGCUAAGCCGGGCUAUAUCAUUAGAACGAUUUGUAAAUUGUUUGGACGAAAUUCGCCUAUUUUUACAUGAUAAUAAGACUGAAUUUAAAGAACUUUAUAAUACAGAGUGGCUAGCAAAAUUGAUGUUUUUCACAGAUCUAACAUUACAUUUGAACACUUUGAAUAAAAAGUUACAAGGACGCGAGAAAACAAUUGAAGUCAUGUUUGGAUUUAUAAAAGGUUUUGAAAUUAAAAUAGAUAUGUUUAUUAACGAUGUCAAAUCUGGAAAAUUUCUAUACUUCCCAAAAGUGAAGAAAAUGUUAGGUGAAGUUAGGUGA